AUGGUCGAAUCUAGUUCAAACUCUUUAUCCGACUCUCUUACCGAGCAAGAGCUUCAACUUCUGAGAAAGCUCUCAAAGAAGUAUGAACAGAAGGAGUCGAAGGAGAAAAAGGCAGAAGAGAAAACGAAGAAAAGAAAAAUCGAAACUGCUACAUCACAGAAACAGGUAGCGAAAGCUCGUGAUAAAGUUCCCAAGGGCUGGAUGAACUUUUGUCAUUUGAAUGGAUGGAUGAACUUUUUGUCUUUGAAUGAACUGUGCUAUGAGAGUUUAGUUAAGGAAUUUUAUGGCUCUUUGAAAGUAAAUGGGACAGAGUCGAUCUCUGUAAAGCUUCAGGGUGAGACCAGAGAGUUAUCGUAUAAUGAUUUUGGGAAAAUUUUUGAUAUACCGAAUGCUGGGUCUAGGGUGACCAAAAUUAAGGACGUGUCUGGGGUUAGCAAUUACAAAAAGGAAGACUUUGUGAAAAAGAUUGUGAAAAAGUUUUCUGCAGACAAACAGGGCUCGAUAGAAUGCUCUAACUUGACUGAAAGCAUGAAAUGGUUGUACAAACUCAUUGUACAUUAUAUCUAUCCUAAGAGCGCCUCACUAACAACAAUCCCAAAACCCCUCAAUCUAUGUCACAUUAUUUUUGAUAAGCUGCAGAACAAUCCCAAGAAGCUACCCUACGAGAUGAUUCUUACCCCAGUUUUUGAGUUUCUGGAUGUUAAUCUAGAUGAGCAUAAGAGAAAAGAAAAAGGAAAGGCAAAGUUGAGUGAAAUAGAAGAAGAAGAAGAAGAGAAAUCAGAAGAGAGAUCAGAAGAGAAAGUAAAAGAAGAGGAAAAGAAAUCAGAAGAAAAGGCAGGAGAAGAGAAAGAAGAAACAGAAGAAGAAGAGAGAAAAGAGGAAAUUGAAAAGGAGAGUGCGGCAGAGAAAGAAGAAUUGGAAGAAGAAGAAACAGACAAGAAGAAAGAGUCUGAAAAGUCUGAAAAAGGGAAGAAAGCUGAGGAAGAUAGUGAUGCUGAAACUGAGAAAAUAGAAAUCAGUGAUGAGGAAAAGACUACUGAGGAUAAGACAGAGCAAAGCAGAAGAAAUUCUGGAUAUUGUCGGCUCAAAGAAGUAGGAAGCUGA